AUGGCAACCGCAAAUGGAGGUUCCUCGUCUGAGGACAAAUCGCCUGUGGUUUGUGUCUUCUGUGGCUCUUCGCCUGGAAAAGACCCCGUUCACCUAGAGUCGGCGCGGACACUUGCCGAGUCCCUCCAUGAUGCAGGCUACAAGCUCGUCUAUGGCGGAGGCACCAUGGGAAUCAUGGGCGAGGUGUCCAAAACACUGGUGUCGCUUUCAGGUCCUGGCUCAGUCCGUGGUAUCAUUCCUCGUGCAUUGAUCCGCACGGAAGUCGACACCUCGAUUCGCAGCGAGACCAGUCAGAACGGCUCCAGAAAGGCAGAGCGGACGAUGUCAGCUCAGGAACUGCAGCGCAUCGACAGCAAUGAAGACCCGGACAGCAAGAUUGUCCCGGCCAACGAAUUCGGGGCGACCACCAUCGUGCCGGAUAUGCACACUCGCAAGCGCAUGAUGGCUCAAUGUGUCGAGGCGGGCGGCCCCGGCUCUGGCUUUGUUGCUCUGGCUGGUGGCUACGGCACUCUGGAGGAGGUCAUGGAGAUGGUUACAUGGAAUCAGCUGGGGAUCCACACGCUUCCCAUUGUCCUAGUCAACGUCAAUGGAUACUGGACUGGGCUUCUAGACUGGGUCAAGAAUAGCAUCAGGGAAGGAUUCGUCGGUGAAGGAGCAGCUAAUAUCCUAGUCGAGGUCCAGAGCGCGGAUGAAGUCGUCGGGGCACUGAGAGAGUAUAAGCUUGCCCCAGGGAGAUACCAACUGGAUUGGUCCAAAUAA